GAUGCGCCAUACUUGUCUGCUAGCAAAAGCAACCGUGGUUGUUGUCAUCUUGUGCUUCGAUCGAGAAAAAGUGGCCGGGCUGGGCUAGAGCGAAUCGCGUAACCAUCACAGCAACGCCAGCAAUUUUAGCCGGAAAGUGAUCAACCUGCAACGGACAGAAAGUUUCCGUGCUGGAGGCAGGUAAAUUGUUGACCGUCGGACCGUCUAGAACACCGGAUAAAAGCGGUCCCAGCUGCCGCAUUCCCCCCGUCGGAAGAGCGUCCAGUGUGUCAGUGGGCUUGCAAGGGAAGUAGCGUGUUACCCAGCGUAAAGGCGAGCUCGCGCGCUUGUGUGUGCAUUCCGUUCGUUGAAAGGUCACACCGAAUUGCGAAUCAGAGAAAAAGCGGACCGCAGCAGUUUUCCGAGCGUUCAUCUUUACUGCUGAAAUUAAAAAAUCACAGCUCUUGCACGCACACACGCAUACACGCACGCACCUCAGCAAACACAUACAGUCACAGGCAGCACAGCAACAACAAAGAUGGUGAAACGCAAACCACAGGCUAUGAUCGAUUCGGAAAGCAGCAGUGAUUCGGAUUCCGGUUCCGAUCUCGAUUCGGAACUGCUUUCAUUGGCCAAGAAGAAGAAGACAACCCGCUUGGCGUCCGCCUCGCCGAACCAUGCCAGUCACAACCGGUCCGGAUCCGGAUCGGACUCCGGCUCCGGGUCCGGCUCGGACUCGGACGAUGACGACGAUGACGAGGAGGAAGAGGAGGAGGAAGAGGACGAAGCGUCCGGCUCGGAAGCGGUGGCAAAGCGCAAGCGAAAGGGAGGAAAACCAACGUCAUCCUCCGAGUCGGAGGGCGAAGGCGAGGAGCAUGAUCGCAAACGAGGCCCCAAUGUGCCGGCGACCGCCGCUGGCAACACAGCAAUGGCCGGAGCAGGAGGAGGAGGUGUGAAGCGCAAACAGCCGAUCGACGCAGGUGACGGGUCCGAGCCGGAAGAAGGUCAGGUAUCGUCCGACUCGGAAAAGGCCCGCAAGGGUGCUGCUGCUGCUGCUGCCGCGGGUAAGCCGGCACCGAGCGAGGACGAGUCGAGCGAUGGAAACAGCAGCGACGACAGUGACAGCAGCAGUAGCAGCAGCAGUAGCAGCGAUUCCGAAUUCAACGAUGGGUACGACGAAAACCUGAUGGGCGACGAUGCGGACCGAGCGCGGCUGAAUGCGCUGUCGGAGAAGGAGCGCGAGACGGAGAUCUUCAAGCGUAUCGAGCGGCGCGACGUCAUGAAGACGCGCUGGGAGAUCGAGCGGAAGCUGAAGCUGGCCAAGCGGGCGGAGCGGGCGCGCGACAAGCAAGCGCAGCCGGAGCACAAGAAGAAAAAGAAGGAAAAGAAGAAGGCACAGAAAAAGGCGGCUGCUGCGGCUGCGGCGGCCAACGCCGAGCGCGAGCGCAAGAAGGCAGCCGCAGCGGCCCAGGCAGCGGCACAGGCAGCGGCUGCUAAUGCGGCAGCAGCGGCGGCCGCGUCGGCGGCAGCUGCUGCGGCGGCUUUGGCUGCCCAGACGACGGCCAAAUCGGCUGGUGACAUGUCCGGCCCCGUGCCGAUGGAUACGUCCGAAGAGGGCAGUGGGAUGGGAGCGGACAGUCCUUCCUCGUCCCCGGAGAAGAAAGGCGAUGACGUUUCGAGUGCUUCGGAAUACUUCGAUCCAAAGGAACGGUCAAAGGAGCGCAAAAAGACGGUCGAGAUGAACCGCACGGACGACAAGCGCAGCAACGCGAUGGCAAUGCUGAAGGCGAAGCGCGAGGGCAAGGCGAAACGGGAGGAGGAGGAAGCGAAGCGCGAGGCACAGCGAAAGCAGGACGCCAGCCAGCAGGAGGACAAGGAGGAGCUGGCCGACGUGCCCGGUGGCAAGUCGCAGAUGAAGCUCAAGGCGUCCGACAUCUAUUCCGACGAUUCGGGCAGCUCGGACGAUGACGACGAUGACGGUGGAAACGAGCGGGAGAAGAAGGCGCGUGGCGACCGGCGCUCUCGCUCGGGCGGCAGCGGGGACAGUGGCAGCGGGAGCGACAGUCGCUCGUCCAGCGACUCCGAGGGCGAGGACAAGGAAAAGAAGGCCGGCUCGGGCGCUGGGUCCGGGUCGGGGUCGGGAUCCGGGUCCGGGUCGGGGUCGAGCAGCCGGAAACCGGUCGCCAUCAGCUCGAACGCGGAACUGAACAAGCUGCGCAUCUCGCGCCACAAGCUGGAACGCUUCAUCAACCUGCCCAUCUUCGAGCCGACCGUGAUGAACUGCUUCGUGCGGAUCAACAUCGGCAACAAUCAGGGCAAGCCGGUGUACCGCGUGGCCGAGAUCGUUGGCGUGGUCGAGACGGCCAAGAUCUACCAGUUUGGGCGCAGCCGGACGAACAAGGGCUUCAAGUUGAAGCACGGCAGCCAGGAGCGCGUGUUUCGGCUGGAGUUCGUGUCGAACCAGGACUUUUCCGACACGGAGUACCAGAAGUGGCUGACGGUGUGUGAGGCCACCGGGACACCGCUACCGACGGUCGAUAUGAUCGAGCGGAAGCAGCGCGACAUCAAGGAGGCGUCCCAUUACGAGUUCAAGGAUGCGGACAUCGACCGGCUGGUGGAGGAGAAGAACCGGUUCCGUGCCCAUCCGACCAACUACGCGAUGAAGAAGACGAUCCUCAUGAAGGAACGUGAUGCGGCCCAGCUACGAGGUGAGGACGAUCUGGCGCGAGAGCUAAACUCGCAGAUCCAGGAAAUUGAAGAGCGGGCAAGCACGCUGGACAAAAAGCGCAGCAGCAGCAUCAGUCUGAUCUCGUACAUCAACGAUCGCAACCGGAAGCGCAACGUGGAGGACGCGGAGAAAGCGAUCAUGGAGGAGAAACGGGCCACACGAGGUCUCAAGAUUGAGGAUCCGUUCACCCGGCGCCAGACGCAACCGCGCAUGUCCUUCAAAAAGGACGACAAACGGGACGAUACGCCAAUGUUGCCGAUGCAGGCGCCACCACCGCCCGGCCAGGCGGGCAAGAAAAAGUCCGAGGAAAAGAAACCAAACCAGGGGACGGCGGACAACAACCUGUACUCGCUGCACGACUUUGACAUCGAUCUGGAAGUGCCACUACCGAUAAGCAGCGUCAAUGUGCUGCCCAAGCCGGUUGAGAAGCCUGUGCGAGAGUCCGGCCCGAAACGAUCCCUCAACCUGGAGGAUUACAAAAAGAAGCGUGGACUGAUCUAGGUUCGGUGGGGCGGCCUUGUGUUAUUCAGACCAUGGUUAGGUUUUCUCCUGCUCCCGAUUGUAUAUUAUUAUCAUUAUGUUUAUCACGAACGACGGGCGGAGAAGGAAGCUUCCGUAGUAGAUAAAGUGGAAAACAAUGUCGAAGAUAUUGCGCUUGGAGGUAUUACAAUGGCAUCGACGACGCAAGGUAGGGUGGAAUAGUUCUCUUCAACAAGCAACAAUUACGAUAUGUGUAUAUCGGUUCGCGUGAGAUGAUUAGGUUUAUAAUUUAUUUAAUGCUUUUAGUCGAUCGUCCUGAAAGUUGUAACUCUUUUCAAGCCCUUUUUGGUAAGCUUUUGUUUGUAUUUUGUACACUUAUAUAUGUGCACGCUGGUAGACGAUGACGAAUCUAGCAGGAUGUGUGGUCAUACUUGAGCAGCGCAGCUCGCAGUGACGGUGGUUCCGCGAGCGUUUCGGACAAAGAGGUGUUAUAGCACCCAGCGAGGCAACAAGAAAGUACCGUAUCAGGGGAAUAGCAAACACUCAAGCAAUUACGGAGAUCAGCUCGUACUAGGACAACAUUAUUUGUAGCGAUAAGGCAGGUUAAGGCGCUGUUACAACAACACUACUGCUACGGACAUGUGUAGCAGCCGCAUUGUGACGGGUAAUAAAGGAUGAAGACACGAAAAACA